AAUUUAUCUCGCAAAGUUUAUCACGCAACAAUUCGGUAGGAAGAGAGAAGCACCAACAUUAAAAAUAAUUUCUUUGACAGAGCUAUAGCCUAAUCCAGAUUUCGAAGUCUCCGGUUUUUCCAAAUUUAGAACCAUGAUCUCUUUCGCAUACUCCAGAGACAUUUCUUGAGUGACAGUAUGAAUGUAUCGAUGAAUGAUUUACAAGAAGUGGAAACCGAUUCACUUCCUAAAAUCGAGCAGAUAGUGGAAGGAUGCAUCUUGACAAUCAUAUCACUGGGAGCCAUUCUUGGAAAUACAACUAUGUGGAUUAUAAUUUGUAGAAAUCGGGACCUGAGAACUAUCACCAAUACGUUCAUUCUAAGUCUGACCACAGCGGACCUCUUUGUGGCCGUAAUUAAUAUACCAGUGACGGUACUAAGUCUAUUUCAUGGCAAUUGGCCCUGGAGUGAGAGUGUCUGUCAAUUCUUUGGUUUUACAAACAUGCUUACUUUAGUGACAAGUGUCAUGUCUUUAUGUAAUAUCAGUAUUAACAGGUAUGUUAUGGUCUGUAAACCCGUCUACUUUAAAAGAAUCUACACAAAGAGAAAUGCUGCUCUAAUGAUUUCGGGUUGUGUUUUAAUCUCAAUGUUCCUGUCGAGUUUUCCGAUCUUUGGCUGGGCAGAAUAUGCGUUUAUAAAGACACAGAUGUUUUGUUUUUGUGACUGGACUAAGGCGCCAUCUUAUGCUUUCUUCAUGAUUUCUGUUUGUUUUGGAAUUCCAUUUGGUGUUAUGACAGUAUGUAACGCCUUUAUAUUUAGAACAGUCAGAGCGAGCAAACGUCGUGUAACAGCAGCCUCUAGUAAUCAGGGUUCCUCUAAAGUUGAUGAGCAAGAACUUAAUUCAAGCACUCCAAAUACAGUGACAAAAGAUGACGUAUCAAAACCUCAUGACGUCACAAUAUAUAUUAACGAUCGAUCUUCCUUUCAUCAAAGCGAAAGCAAUCGUGCAGAAUGUCAAUCAAGUCCCAACACUAAUAAUAAUGGGAAAUACUUAAACAGAAAGAAUACGACCUUGACCAACAUGAGUAAGAAAAAGUCAAGGACGGGUAAAUCAAGGACAGAAGAGGUACGACUAGCGAUGGUUCUAGCUAUUGUGGUACUUUUAUUUGUUAUAUCAUGGCUUCCUUAUUGUGUAAGCAUGUUGCUGGAAAUUUUUGCUAAAGACAAGGUUCAUAGUGGGUUUCAUAUGGCCACGAUCAUGUUGGGUUAUUCAAACAGUGCUAUUAAUCCCAUUGUGUAUGGAGUGAUGAACAAGAAGUUUGGAGAUGGGUUCAGACGUCUUCUAUGCUGUUGUCAGAAGUUUUAAUU